UACCAACCGCGUACAUUUUAAAUGCUAUAUAAAAAGUUUGUAUCUAUUCAGUUUCUCAUUAUUUCUUUUUAGUUAUUUAAUUGAGACAAGAAGAGCCAAUGGCGAUGAAGACAUCACAUGUUCUUCUGCUUUGUCUGGUGUUUGUGAUUGGUCUUGUAGAAGCUAGAAUAUCAGGGGGCGAUAUGGGUCCGGAAAUAAGAACUCCACCAUCAGGAUCAUGUGGAGCUUCAAUUGCCGAAUACGAUUCAUCACGAGUACUAGCCAAGAGACCACCACCAUGUAGACGUCCUCGACCCCAAAACCAAGAAGAUGUGACUCACACUACACUUCCUUGAAAUAUAAGACCACUACUUGAUCUAUAUGUAAUGUUGUUUAAAGAUUGUCAAAGUGAUACAUGGAGUGACUCUAAUCUCGGUUAUACCUAUAUUUUCACUAUAUUUACUAGGAAUUAUUUUAAACU